AUGCGCACUCUAAACACCAUCAACUCGUCAUCUUCUCGUCCUACAUCUCCAGGCCUUUCAGUCUCUCAGCCUCAUAUUCGCCGCUCCGCUUCCUCCGCCGGAAACAACAAAUUAGUCACCUCUUCUAAACCUCUCCCAAAGACCCGAUCCAAGACCCCUACUCCAGGUCGGGCACAAGUCCAGACUAAGGCUCAGGCUCGUCCCCGAUUCUCUUCCGCUGGCACCACUAUAUCCUCCAGUGCUCGCACGACGCCAUCCCUUGGCUUUCACGACACAAAACAACAACAUGUUCUUUCAGUAACCGCUACAAUCCCCUCGACCCGUUCUACCUCGUCGAGCUCCGCUCCUCCUACCUUAAAAAUGGCCCCAAGCGACACAAGACAGAGGCCCCCGCAGCUCAGUGCAGCAGCAGUAAAAACAGUCGGACGAACGCCUCUGACUCCCAAGAUCGCUUCGACAGCAAAAGGUCCUUUAUUAGGCGCACCUCCUUUGGUUCGACGAUCAACUCAAGGAUUGAGCUCAGGCACGUCUGGGCGCGACGAUGCUGUGACUCCCCGUUCUGGCAGUCGACAAGGCCGUCACAAUAGCACUAGUUCGACGCCCAAUUCGACACCAAAUUUAGAUCGAGAUGGGUGGGAUCCUCGGGCCUCUUUGGGCUCCUCAGGAAGGCAAUCACUGUCACGAGCUGAGUCUCCAGCAGACCCGGACGCCAAAUUCUUUCGUGCCAGCGAUGCUCCGACUUCAACACAAGCAGCCGGCCGUCCCUCGUUAGGCUCACAAAAGCCUGCAUCCUACUUCCAUGCCAGUAAAGCCAAUGCUGAAUAUAAAAAGCCGACCAGUCCUCCUGUCUCUGCACCAUUCGCACCGACACUCAGUAACGCACCCGAACCUUCAUCCUCAAAGUUCUUUUAUGCCAAUGGCGCGGAUCUCGAGCUUAAGCCCUCUUCAGCGAAUUCAUCCACAACAAGACUCCAGUCUAAACGCCCGAGCACCAGCAGUUCAUCAAACGAACAAUCAAAUCACGCACUACCCUCGAGGCCACAUUCUCCUAUCAAGAUUGCUCAACCUACACCUUCUAUACUUAAAAACACUGGCGUGCCUGGCCUCGGGAACAGACCGCAAGUAGCGUCACCGCCUCAGAUAGCUUCUCCACUAGCCCCCCCAGCGUCUAUCACCUCUUCCAAGAGACGAGUUAGCAUCGAUGCAGCCCCGAAAAAGCAGAGAGGCCAUGCAAGAGCCGGUAGUGUUCCCAAUUUUGACCACUCUCACUCACCUAGAUUGCCUAUGUCACCGGCUCGACGGCCUUUUGAAUAUGGCUCACCCCCUUCAAGCCCUGGCUCAGCUCAGCCAGCUCUGACGAUGGCUUCGAUUCUUCAAGUUGCCGAAGAUCUCGACGAUGAGGAGGAUGAAGAAGAAGGAGAAGCGAAAAAAGAAGACGGAUCCCAGCCCGACUUGCAGAGCCCUACCAAGUCUAGCCAUGAGCCUGUGAACGAACUGGUCGCCAAUGCCCGAAGAGAACGAAAGGUGCAAGAUCUGGAAAUCACAAACGCCUCCCUUGAAGCUAUUAAUCGGACACUGGAAAGGCAACUACGGAAACAGCAGGCUGAGAUACGCAGGUAUCGCCGACUUUCAAGAUCAGGCCGUCUCUCUGCUGUUGCUUCAGCAGCUUCUAGCCGAGUGACUUCUGCAGCACUCACGGAUGCACCAAUUAGUCUUUCAGAUCUUAGCGAAGAGGACAACUCGGCAGCUCCGUCAGACGAGGAACACGACUCACUUGACGAAUCAGAUUUAUCAAUGACUGACUCAGUCUCGGCUUCUGACCCUCUGGAUCCCACUGACGAGAAAGCGAUCGAAAAAGCCAUGUCCCGACGGAAGCGAGAUGAAGAUCGUCUGCAGCUCGAUUUGACCAAGCACCGUGAGUUGCUGGUCGAUAGUCAGAAAAUCAACCAAAGUAUCAAACGAUGCCUAAACUGGACUGAGGUUCUUAUCAAGGAGGGCCAAAAGGCACUCGAGUACAAGGUCCGUGUCACCGACGUUGAAUUCGGUGGUCAGAUACUUGCUCCUGCGAUCGGGGAUGAAGACGAAGAUGAAGACGAUGCGUUGGCUAGCGUUGACGAUCUCGAAACUGAUCCUGGAAGCGUGGCACUUGAGGCUCCUCCGCCUUGGGAGAAGGGUUCCCAGGAUCGUGAUAGUGGCAUCGAAUUGCAACCAGACAGCAGCUAA